UUAUCCAAGCCAUGCCAUCUUCAUCCACGAAGCCGUGGAAAAAUCUGGGGAUCGAAGUCGAUGCCCAACUUUGGAAUCUCGCCAUGUGUUUCCUGGGCGCAUCAGGAGCUGCGACGUGGGCCUUCAGCGACCGCAUUUGUUUGCCAGCAGCCUCAAGAUCACACCGUGGUUUCCCGACAUUUGGCUGACGAUAUGUUGCUUCUUCGAGGCCGUGGCAUCACUCGUGCAUCUGCAGAAGGAGCAUCUGCGGCGCUGGUGCUCUCCGAGGUGGCGACGCUCUGCAGGAGAUCCAUCAGUUGGGUUCUGCAGAGUCUGGAGGAGGAUGUUGAACCAUCCACGCCUUGCUGAUGGGCAUCCUGAGGCUGACGCUUCCUGAUUGCUGGCAGCUUACUGUGAGCCAAAAGACUCGACGGGAUACGAUGGGG